AUGCCUUCCACACUUCUCAAAACCGACAAGCAGACGAACGGCAUCGUCUUCAACAAGGCCGAGGACAUCAAUGCGACAGAGAUUCCAGACCAACAGGCUGCAGGGGAGAGCAUUGCAAGAACUGUUACCCCCAACCAUGAAGCCCGUGUCUUCUUUUUCGAUAUCGAUAACUGCCUCUACCCCAAGGACUCUGGCAUUCCUGACUUGAUGCGUGAAAAGAUCGAGAAGUAUUUUGAAGACGUUGGUAUUGAGAACAACGAAGUCAAGAGUCUGUCAUACCGCUACUACCUUGAUUAUGGCCUUGCCAUCCGCGGUCUUGUUAUCCACCAUCCUGAUGCUAAAGUCGAUGGAGCACUGCCCCUGGAAGAUAUCCUCAGCGAGAACCCUCCUCUGCGCGAGAUGAUCAAGUCCAUGAAGAUUGAAAAGAAGUGGCUCUUCACCAACGCAGGAGAGGCUCACGCAUUGAGAGUGAUCAAGAUUCUGGGGUUGGAGGGUCUCUUUGACGGACUGACGUAUUGCGACUACACAGAACCCAACUUUAUUUGCAAGCCAGAAGCGGCCUCGUUCCGUCGGGCAAUGAAGGACGCUGGAGUAGUCCACCCCUCCAACUGCUUCUUUGUGGACGAUUCAGCAGCCAAUGUAGACAAGGCGCUCGAUAUUGGCUGGACUGCGGUCCAUGUGGCGGAUGACCCUGUCAAAUCCAACUUUGGGCACUACCAGAUCACUAAUAUCCUUGAGUUGCCCACUGUCUUGCCCGAGUUCUGGGACGAGCAGAGUACAGCUGCAGCGCUUGCUGGGAUGUUUUAUUUGGUCAUGAUCACGACGAUCGUGGUCCUCUUGGUCUGGAGCUACUUCUUGGCCACCUUCGCAUCACCAGGAUACCCCUCUGAGAUUUUGCAAAAGUACUCAGGAUACAACAGUGCAGGUCAUCAGGAGGAAGCUGCCAACAUCGGGUUGCUGGAACCUGAGCAGUUCUAUCUCUCGCCUUCUCCUAGCGCUAACAACUCACCACUGAUGGCUGGUGGGAGACGAUCAGUGGCUGUCAGAGAUCGUAGUAGACAGGCAAUAACUACGGGGCAGCUUGGAGUGGACAGGUUCUCGGAAGACAUCGAUAUUGGAGAUUCGACGACCUUGUAUCCAGCCCACCCGCAUAGUGCCUCGUGGUCUCAGCAGGUUUACCCUGACUCCCACGACCACCAUCACCCCACAGCAUCGAUUCAUACACCACCACCAUUGGAGCCCAUUCGUGGCAAGCAGCAUUUGCACACAGUCGUCGACCUGUCGGACGAUGCGCUGGAUGGCAGGACGGUCCACGAGAACUAUGGAAAUGAGCGAGCCGAAGGAGGAGGUCGGGGCGGAUAUGAAGGUGAUGAGGAUGAUGAGGAUAAUAUGCCAUUGGGACUCUCGUCAACUAGACGGUUCACAGUCAAGCGGGAUGGCAAGAUGCGAUACUGCCAAAAGUGCAAAUUUGAGAAGCCAGAUCGGACGCAUCACUGUUCUUCCUGCAACCGGUGUGUUCUCAAGAUGGACCACCAUUGCCCUUGGCUCAACAACUGUGUCGGACACAAGAACUACAAGGCCUUUUAUGUAAGCACUAGGACUCAACACCAGGACCGCAGCGUAGCUGUCAUGAUGGGAAGAUGCUACUCAUCUCUUUUCGUCCUGUGGACCGCGAUUUACUGCGUUGUCCUUGUGGCAUGUACGAUACCCGUCACUGCAGAGGUCAUCAGCGCGCCAUACAGCGAAGAUUUGUUUGACCCUCAAUGGAUCUUUAUGAUUCUGAUUGGUAUCAUUUUCGGACUGUGCCUAAUUCCCUUUGCGAUCCACCAUACACUCUUGAUCAAGGCCAACAAAACGACGAUCGAGAGUUUCGAGAAGCACAAGUACCGGAUGGGUGGCCGUGGCGAGGUGAUGCAGAGUCGUCUCUUGAACGUAUUUGACCUUGGUCGCAAGCAAAACUUUAUUCAGGUGUUGGGGCCUACCUGGUACCUGUGGUUUGUGCCUGUGCGGAACUCGAUCGGUAACGGGUGGUCGUUCCCUGCAAGCGACUAUGGGAAGAGUAUGCUCCAGAUGGACGAUGACCUUGAAGCGUCAAGGUCGUCCUACGAGAACAACAACAACCACAACCACGGGAGCUAUCCACCUCUUCCACACCGUCGUGACAUGCCCCGGCAUUUAAUCUCUCCUCUGCCGCACGACCAUUUAUACCCCCAGAACCAGUCCAAUCCCGGUUACUCGACCUCCUAUAACGCGGCGUAUGAUGUGGAGGACAGCAGUUACAACAAUAAUAAUAACAGCAACACGGACGACUUUGACCAGGAGCAUCAUUCCCGACGCGACAGCGACGAUAGCGAUGACGAUCAGCCCGGUGGGCGGAGAUUUCAUCAGCCCACACCCAGACGGUUCCGACAGCAAGGUUUCAUCCCUACGCAGCAGUUGUCGUCGGAUGGUGAGGAGCCUGAAGAGUACUUGUAUGAUAGCGACGAGCCCGCGACUAUCCACUUUACGGACCAUCAUUGA